GGCAUACAAAGAUAAAAGAGGGAUACGUUGCUGAUGAAUUUUUCAAUUAUUUUGUUUCCGGUCAUCUCUUUCAGGGGAAUGCACUUAUAGUAUCUUUUGUUAGAUUAAUUCCACAAUGUGGAAGUUUAAAAAGAAUCACGUUUAUUGCGAAAGAUAGAGUUAACUGCAUGAUGAGUCCCAUGUCAAAAUUAGAACCAGUUUCUGAGAUCGAUCCAGAGAUUAGUCCAGGAUCCAAUACUUAA